AUGGACCAAAAGACCAUUGAUGACAUGGUGAAAGAUUUAGUGGAGGAGCGUCUGAAAGUUCUAGGGAAAAUUUCCGAAAACUAUGAUAACCUCUCAAACGGCGGCGAAGAAGAAUCUUUGCCAUCACCGCAGCAGAAUACGCAGCAGAAGUCUGUCAAUAGUCCAGCGUUAGUCGGCGAGACUCCUGGUAAGGAUACAGGGGUGAAAAGGACUUUGGCUGAGGAGUUUGACAAGGAUACAGGGGUGAAAAGGACUCUGGUUGAGGAGUUUGGUAAGGAUACAGAGGUGAAAAGUACUUUGGCUGAGGAGUUUGGUAGUGUCGCUAAAGUUACUGAUCUUGAUUUCGUAUAUGUUUCUCCUUCAAAGGCUACUAAGAAUGAUAAGGAUGCUAAGAACGAACUUGCGCCGGAGUCUGAUGUCGAGAAUCAGGAAGUGGUUAGAUCUGCCGUAGUAAAGGAAUAUCGGGAGAAACGUGUUCAAUUAUCUCCAAAAGGGUUUGCAUUGACGAUAGUUUCUUCACCACCUGUUUUUCCAUACAUUGGAGAAGAUGGAACGACGUGCAUGAGAAAGAAUGUUAAGCCUUCAUCAGCAAUAUAUGACCCUUUAGCACCUAUUGAUCUGAUGCUAUUCGAAAAACUGAUGCAACACAUUAAGGGAAUUCCACCCAAACCACCAGCACCAGCAGAUAAACCAGCAGUCCUCUCUCCUGAUCAUGAGAGUGACUUCUACAGCAUACUCAUCCAUGAAAGACCGUGGCCGGAAAAGGAAUAUGGAUGGGUGUUUGAUAAACAUGUCGGUGCAUAUAUAAACGUCCUCAUUAAAAGGUCCAUGCGAAAUCCCACCCCAUUCUGGUCUAAGCGGAUUGUCUUCAUUGACGUUUGGGUGUUAAGUUUUUGGAUUCACGAUUGCAAGCAGUUCAAGAUAAAAUCGAGUAUGAUCACGUUCAAAGGCAAUGGUUAUGAAGAUCUAAUAAACGGUAAGCUUCCCCUUGAAUGUCAAACAAACUUUAAGUGGUAUGAAGAUGUGGAUCACUUGUACGGAUGUCUUCAAACCGGCGGAAAUCACUGGGUGACGGUUCACGUGGAUCUGAAGAAGGAGAAGAUUGAUUGCUACGAUCCAAUCUUUGGACAUGCAACACCCGAAAGUGAGCAGAGAAUACUAGAUUCAUUUAAACCGCUAACGCUUAUUUUUCCCGUGAUGUUGAGUGAACUUAUUCCUGCCAAUCUCCGAUCCCCUAGUAAGAAGAAGUUCGCAUUCAGAAGGAGGAGCAAAAGAUACACUCCACAAAACACCCAGAUUGCCGAUUGUGGGGUGUAUUCGUUGAAGUUUGUGGAAUGUCUAGCGCUUGGUGUAACUUUUGAUGGGAUAAACGAUAACAAUAUUCAAGGUUUAAGGGUGAAGAUGGCAGCAGAGAUCCUCGAUGAAGGAGGAAAUAAUGAGAUGAACAAUUUGCUGGUCAAUUGA